UCGAACACUGAGAAUCGGGAUUUCGUAUGGUGGUUUUGUGAGCCUCAUUCUCUCGUUACGCGAGAUCCUCCGUUCGACUGUAACGCCGAACUAUGGCCAGACGACGUUCUGUUUCUCCGAACAAGAAACGCCGCCGUAGACAUGACGAUUCUUCCGACUCCGAUGGCUAUUUCCAAGCUCCGCUGGUCGUUAAACCCCUCGCGUCACCUCUCAGAGAAUCCGCGGCGGCCUACAAUAGUCCGGACACGAAGGAGUAUAAACACGCAUCGAUAGUUGAAGCGAGUUCGCAUUCAUCUUCCGCGAGCUCAUCGUCUGAGAGCGAAGAUGACGACAGUGACGAUGAGUCCGGCAGUGAUUCCGGUUCUGACACCGGGAGCAGCUCAGAGAGCGCCAGCGACGACACAUCCGAAGAGAGCAGUAGCGAGAAUGAAACGAAGACAACCAAAGCUCGGAGAGACACAGAGAAAAACACAAAUGGAAGGUCUAAAGCCCAGAGGAGUUCUCCAAAGGAAGCGGUCAAACGGAGAGUGAGUCGAGGCCGAAGUGAAUCGUCGGACCGGAAAAAGAUCAGAGACAGAUCUGGGAGGAGUGCUUCCACCGAUCGAGGUAGAAAGGGUAGCCCCGUUCAGAAGAGGACGCUCUCACCGUCACGCAGAAAAAGUCCUCAAAAAGAUCGUCGAGCAUCGCCGAGGCGAGAAGGCGGUGGAAGGCGCGGUGCAGAACGCCGAAGAUCUCCCAGACGGGACAAGAGUCCCAGGCGAAGAUCUCCUCCGAGAGAUUCGCGUGACAAACGACGAGAUUCGCCGAGGAGACGAACUCCUCCGAGAGACCAACGGAGCGCUCCCGACCGUAGAGAGAGUCGCUCAGACGGAAGGAGACGGGAUGGCGAAUCUAGACGAGGCAGCGAAACUCGGAGAGAAAGUGAUUCACGAAGAGGAAGGGAUUCUCGGCGGGAGACUGAUACAAGGCGCGGAAGGAACUCUAGGCAGGAAACGAUUGAAGUGAAAUCCGAGAAAAUCUCGCCAGACCUCUCCAAGGUAAAACGAGAAGCACGCUCGCCCGAAUUAUCCAAAUGGGCCGAUGAUCAAGACCGUGAAUCGGAGAAUCGGAGACCACGCGGCUCCGAACGACCGAGAAACAAGCAGGAUCGUCUUGGAGAAAUGAAACGAAGAAAUAGAGAGAUGGAAGACGCCGAACGGAAUUGUGCGUGGGGUAUUCAAGAAGUCAAGAGAGAGGAAGAGGUCAAACCCGAGGAAAAGCAGAAACCGGACUUAGGUCUCUCAGGGAAACUCGCUGAAGAUACCAAUGUAUUCAACGGAGUCGUUGUGAAGUAUAAUGAGCCGCCCGAAGCAAAAAAGCCAAAACGUCGCUGGCGCCUUUAUGUUUUCAAAGGCGAGGACGUGCUUCCAUUCAUCCCACUUCACAGGCAAAGCGCCUACCUUCUCGGCAGAGAUCGCAGAGUGGCGGAUAUCCCGGUGGACCAUCCAUCAUGCUCGAAACAGCAUGCGGUUCUCCAAUACCGUUCCGUUCCAUAUGUCAGAGCUGAUGGCUCGGAAGGUCGCCGAGUCCGACCAUAUGUGCUGGACAUGGAGUCUGCUAACGGGACAUUUGUUAACAAUAAGAGGAUCGAAGCGAGCCGGUACGUCGAACUUUUCGAGAGAGAUGUCAUCAAGUUCGGAUUCAGCAGUAGAGAAUACGUUCUCAUACCAGAAGACGCCGCUGAAGCGGGAGAAGACGAUCCAAAGUCAGCCCCAGCCGUAGGUGAAAGCGGAGUUGAAAACUGA